AUGAUUUCAGAUACAGACAGAUUUGACUCAAGACUGCCUCUACAAGAUGUCACAUUGAUUGCAAAUUCCAAUGGUAUAAUAGAUCCAGGAACCGAAAUUAAUCAUGAUAUAGAAGAUGAUGGAGCUGUCGCAUCGUCUUCAAAAGAGUUGACAGGCUCAAAUAAUAGUAGCCCUGUACCAUAUUUGGAUCCAAGUUUACAAAAAGAACUGGCGGCUAUUAUGGAUGACUCAUUCGCGGAUGAUGAUGGCGUAGCUACAAUAUUUUCUCCAGAUACCGACGAAAACUUACAGAUUGAACCUGUAGAAUCAGGGCUGAUCACUAAUAUGGAACAAGAUGAAGAUGAAUCAGUGGAUGACAGCGUGAAAGACAAGAAUUAUGAAACGGAAAGUAGUGAAAGUAAUUCUGGAGAUGAACCACGUACAUCUGCUCAAUCAGUGAAUAAAAAAAGGAAAAGAAACUUGAAUGAUAGACAGAUGCAUACGCGGCGAGAUAGUUCAGUAUCUAACAGUGAGGUAAAUGAGAAUGAAAGUAGGAUCAAGAAAAGAGGUCAAAAAGGAGAAACAAGACACAUAAGGAGUAUGAGGAAAACGAUGCGUAAUUCGGGAAGAGAGUAUAUUACCAAGAAAGGCAAGGUGAUUCCAGCAAGAAGAUGUAGGGAUUUACAACAAUGUAGAUUGAAAUGCAAGGAAAGAAUAGAUGACGGAGUAAGGAAGAUAAUUUUCACAGAAUACUGGUCCAUGCAAAGUUUUGAUAGAAGGACAGCUUAUAUUGCAAGUCUCGUAUCUACUAGACCGAAAGAAAGUACUCGCAGUAAAAAACCGGGGCAAAUGAUCAAAGUAUGCAAACAUUGUUUUCUCUCUACUUUUGAUGAAAGUAACAAAUUCUUAACGAAUGUUUUGAAGAAAAAGGAAUCUGCACAUUCUGGUAUAACGCAGGAAGAUGGGAGAGGGAAGGGAACCCCACACAAUAAGAUUCCCGAUGAAGUAUUGAAUUUGGUUAAGGAACAUGUAUCUUCUUUACCUUCAUACGAAAGCCAUUACUGUAGAAAACAAACAGAAAAUAAGUUUCUUUCUUCGUACUAUACCCUCACCAGAAUAUAUCAAGAAUAUAAGGAAUGGAUUCCUGACUCAAUGACGCCAGUGAGUCGAACAAUAUAUGAAAAAGUUUUCCAUAGCAUGAAAAUAAAGAUAAAAAAUCCAAAAAAAGAUAGCUGUGCAAAAUGUGAUAAAAUCAAUAUGCAGAUCAAAAAUAUGUCAGAUAUUGAUAUGAAGCAAACUCUUCAGAAUGAUUUGAAUAAUCACCAAUCAGAUGCUGAGUAUGCUUAUGACUCUAAAAGGAUUGAUAUACAAAAGGCUUCACAUGAUAAAACUCAAUCUGUUUUGACUUUCGAUCUACAGCAGUGCUUGCCUACACCUGAUAUUCAAACAUCAGUGGUAUUUUAUAAACGUCAAUUAUGGACGUUUAAUUUGACGUUACAUAGAUGUGAGGACAAGCAAGUUUUUUGUUAUAUGUGGGAUGAGACCAUGGCAGGGAGAGGAGCCAAUCAAAUAGCAUCUUGUAUCCACAAAUAUCUGCAUGAUAAUCUAGAUCCUGAAAAAAAAUCAUUGACAUUAUAUUCCGACACGUGUGCUGGACAAAACAAAAAUUCUUUCCUUCCAAUCAUGUUCAUGUUAUUCAUGAAAGGAACGUCAAGUCUAGAAUGUGUUGACCAUAAAUUCUUAGAGCCUGGACAUACUCACAUGGAAUGCGACACAGACCAUUCCAUAAUUGAGAAGAAAAAAAAGAAAUAUGAAGCUGCUAUAGAGCACCCACGUGAUUGGAUGCAACUUGUACGAAUGUGCGGUAAAACCCAUCCAUUUAAAGUUAUCGAAAUGCACAGAGAGGACUUCUUCGAGUUUUCAGCAUUACUGAAAACAUAUUUCAUAAACAAGAAGACAAAUGAUGCUGGCGACCAGGUGAUAUGGAGGAAUAUUAAAUGGCUCAGAUAUUCUUCAAAUGAGUUCGGCAUUGUACAGUAUAAGAAUUCUUUGAAUCAGGAAGAAGCCUUCAAGAGAAUAGAUUUUAAACGUAAAUCCAAAACAGGGUUCUCCAAAAUCAAGCCCCCACUGAGCUACAAGGGACCUGUCCCAAUCAAUCCUAAGAAGAAGGAAAAUUUACUGGAAUUACUGCCAUAUAUCAAUAAGAACUUCCAUUUGUUUUAUCAAAAUAUAAUGACGAAGGAUGAUAUUCCAAAUACCAUUCCAUCUAGUGAUGAAGACUCUGAAUGA